AUGGAGGCCGGACUGCCGACGAGUGACCAAGCAUCAAGAGUAGGCCCGACUGUUAUCUGUCGCGACUGCCGUGCGCGGUUGUCCGUCGAGGAAAGCGAAGAGCAUGACUGCUCAACUGCCCCGCCAUCUCCAACCAAGCUCAUGCUCCUAAGAACUGCUGCCAAAGCGACCUCGUUGCUGGGUGCAGUGCUGGAAAAAUCUCCAGCCAAAUCAAUUGUCGAAGCGAACACUGCCAUUGACAACUCUGCCCAAACUCUGGAAAUCAGUGAUAAACAACAGGAUGCUGAGCUUCAGCGCUCUGUAUCUGUGUCGGAAACUCGAGCUCCAUUUCCCCCGUCGGUAUCAUUUCCACCUCCUGCAAUGAAGCUUCCAACCGUAGACCAGCCGCGUCGCCAUAGUCUCGGAUCUCCAGGACACAACGCAUUGCUCCAAUGCAACGUGCGUGAUGUGCGUAUCACUGCCGACCAAGUUGCUGUUUACUCGCUUGCUACGCAUGUACCUUCACUCACAAAUGCCGAGAUCACUGUCGAGCGGAGAUUCCGGGAAUUUUACGUGUUCGCACUGCAGGUGUGUGCGAUGUUCCCGACUUCUGGACUGUGGAAUAUGUUUCCACCUAAGACAUACUGCACUCUACGACGUCAAAAUACACUUACUGACGGGUUUCUCCACCGUCGUAGAAGUGGUCUAGAGGAAUUCCUUCACUGCACGCUCGAGAAGAUGGUGCUAGGAGGAGAAGCCCAAGGUACUAUUGCCCAGUGGUAUUUGCUGCGUUUGUUCCUCAACCUCCCACCAGCGCUUGCAGCUGCAGCUCCGUCAAAGGACAGAAGCCUCACUGCAGCGCUUUACGAGCUCAAGAAACACGCUCGUCAAUACAGCGGAUGGGCGGUGAAUCGCAAACCGGGACCAUGUGACACAGUGUUCGAGAAAGUGGCUGACGGUUUCCACAUGAUCAAGCGAGUCACGACUUGCCAUUUCCCAGCUCGUGCGGUAUUUGACAUGGUCAUGAAUCGAAGCGUUGACGAUGAAAUGCCAGGGGUAUCGUGGGCCCCGUUUGUUGAGAGUGAAGAGGUAUUCAGUCGCGAAAGUGAAUACACGUGGACGGUUCGAACAAUUUUUAAGGAUAGCAGUUGGGGUCGCGGCAAGCUGCAAAUGAUUUCCCGGAAGACGUGGAGAGUGGACGAGAGCGGAACUAUCGCUAUCGUUAUGAUACCAGCCGACGCAGCAGCUUGGGAGGACCCUCGAGUAGUCGGUUCAAACCAAGGCACCCGUGUGGACUGCAUUCUCGGUGGCUGGUUGAUUACCCCAACUCCAUGGGAAGGUUCGUGCAGUGUAACGUGGCUGAUGCAGGUCAACUUCGGACAGUGCGAUCCUCGCGCGGAGUUCACAGGGAACCAAAGCCGUUUUGCAUCGUUUCUAGAUCGUCGAUGCCUCCACGCUUGGGCCGAUGAAAUCAUUCAUUUGAUUCAGGCUCUUGAGCGGGUAUAUGAUCCCGAACACUAUCGCCACCAGGGCCCCUUGCUUUUAGGCCCCAAUGUUUGA